AUCCCAGUAGCUUUUGCAGCUCUAAUGUCCGACAAUUCAAUCACUCGCCAAGAGCACUUGGGUUUUGCCUCUGGUUUUCUCUAAUUCAAUUUCAAUAGACAUGGAUGUUGCCAACAAUCAAAAUAGUAGUAGCAUCAUGUGGUUCUUUAGAGACAAAGGUUUUGAUGAUAAAAGUAUCAAUGAAAUGUUCAAGAAGUGUAAGCGCCUUCAGGGUGUCCAGAAGGAAAGAGCCUCUGAAAACUGGUCUUACUUGAAAAGCAUUGGUAUUCAAGAGAGAAAGCUGCCUUCUGUUGUUUCCAGGUGCCCCAAAAUUCUUGCUCUUGGUCUAAAUGAGAAGCUUGUCCCCAUGGUAGAGUGCCUUGCUACCCUGGGAACUAAACGUCAUGAAGUUGCUUCUGCCAUUGCUAGAUUCCCUCACAUAAUCUCUCACAGUGUGGAAGAGAAGCUUUGCCCGCUCCUGGCUUUCUUUCAAGCCUUGGGGGUCCCUGAAAAGCAACUAGGCAAAAUGAUAUUACUAAAUCCAAGGCUCAUCAGCUAUAGCAUUGAAUCUAAACUCACAGAAAUAGUUGACUUUCUUGCCACCCUUGGCCUUACCAGAGAAGGGAUGAUUGGUAAAAUUCUGGCUAAAUACCCAUUUAUAAUGGGUUAUAGCGUUGAAAAAAGGCUACACCCUACCUCAGAGUUUUUAAAAUCAGUUGGUUUGUCUGAGAGAGAUCUUCAAACAGUCGCCAUGAACUUUCCUGAAGUCUUGUGUAGAGAUGUGAGCAAGAUUCUUAGAACCAAUUUUGCAUAUCUAAAAAGAUGUGGAUUUGGGGAUAGACAGAUAACAGCUUUGGUAACUGGCUAUCCCCCUAUUCUGAUCAAGAGCAUCAAGCAUUCUUUAGAACCUAGGAUUAGGUUCUUGGUUGAGGUGAUGGGGAGGCAAAUUGAUGAAGCAGCUAAUUACCCAGACUUUUUUCGUCAUGGUUUAAAGAAGAGACUAGAGUUGCGGCACAGACUUUUGAAAGAGAAGAAUGUCAGAUGUAGCUUAAGUGAAAUGCUGGACUGCAGUCAAAAGAGGUUCCAACUGAAGUUUGGUUUGUUUAAAGGGUUUGCCUGAGGUACUAGACCACAUUCCAAUUCUCUUUGAUCUAUCAUUUUUUGUAUUGUCACCUUAUAUGAAGUGAAUUUUUGUGUAUGUUUCUAAGUUUAUCAAUUAGAAAUUGAGAUCAGCAACUGCAGCUUUUAUCUGAACAUGUAGUGGUUCUAUGGUUCAGUCUGAAUUAAAAAUUUUGUGUAUGAAGCCUAACUUCCAAUUCCUUUAUAAUUUGAUCGAAUGCUUGCCUGUUAUCAUUGAGGUAUGGACAGCAUCUUGUAUUUGCUAAAGUAAGUACUCUAGCCCAGUCUAUAGAGAUUAUCAUAACUGUAAUUCUGCACUGAAUGAUGCAACAUCACUUAUGAUUCUUAAAGUUCAUUAAUGUCCAUUUGUGUUCCUUUUGGAAACAGUCCUCUUAGAUGGAUUGUUUCGGAGAGGGAGAGACAAAGAAUUAGAAGGGAGAAAUGAAAAGAGGAGAGGAAAUGAUGCGCUUGUUGCUUGAACUGGAAGGGAAGGAUUUUUUGUGGGAAAAGUGGUUAACUGUUAAGUGUGGAUUUUGGGGUUUAAGUUACUCUAACCCAUUCAUUCUUCUAAGACUUUAACUUCAAGUGGGGUUGA